UUUCCCGAGAUUGCUUCUACUCUGCUCUCUUUCGCUCUGCGAUGUAGCUCCCCCACCGAAACCUAACGCAAAUCUAACCAUUAAUGUCUCAUUUACUACUCCUUUUGCUUCCUUCGUAAUUAAUCAAAUUCAACUAUCCUUGGAGUCUUCUCAGUUCUUACUGAUGCUCUGUAAAGCAAGUCGCCGGAAGUUGUUGAAAUGCAGCAAUUACGACCGGAAAAUUCGGCCAGGACCUUCGAUGAGGUCUCCAUGGAGAGAAACAAGAGCUUCGUUAAUGCUCUGCAGGAACUGAAGAACUUACGGCCGCAACUUUAUUCUGCUGCUGAAUAUUGCGAAAAAUCUUAUCUUCACAGUGAGCAGAAACAGAUGGUACUGGACAACCUGAAGGAUUAUGCAGUACGAGCCCUAGUAAAUGCUGUUGAUCACCUUGGCACUGUUGCAUACAAGUUGAAUGAUAUCUUUGAGCAACAAACAUCUGACGUUUCAACCUUGGAGCUAAAACUUUCAUGUCUGAAUCAGAAAAUUCUUACUUGCCAAAUUUACACGGAUAAAGAAGGCCUCAAGGAGCAGCAGUUGUUGGCAUUCAUCCCAAGGCAUCACAAGCAUUAUAUUUUACCGAAAUCUGUCAACAAAAAAGUACAAUUUAGUCCACAGAUACAGAUAGGUGCCAGGCAAAAUCAUACACUAGCAAUGCCUCGUACUCAUCUUUCAGGUACCCCUGCAUCAAAAACUCUUUCCUGGCAUUUAGCCUCUGAAGCAAAGUCUAUCUUGACUGGGACUCAAAAUGUGUUGACGGGAAUUGAAGGUCAAAAAGCCAGCGGGACAACUCCAGGAGUCUUUCAACUACUUGAUGCUGAUGUUGCUGUCUCAUCAAAAUCCUCACCCGGUCAUCCUCAGACAGCUAAGGGAUCACCUGCUUCUAGUGCAGUUGUGCAAACAUUUGGUGUAACACACAGGGUUUGGAAGGAUCAAAACAAUUGGCAGCAUUCAAGUCCUUUGACAAAGCGGUUAGGCGUGACAUUGUACGUGCCCCUGCUCACAACAAAAGCAUCCUUUCAGCAUUCUUUGUCAAACACAAAUCAAUGAAGGCAUGAAGCUGUAGAUCUGCAGUGCCUUGUGAUAUUGAAAGGCACGGGAUUCUACCGUGGAAUUCUGUCUGUCGGCAUUGCUUUCAACUAAUCAAAUGGUGGUUUCAACUAUCUCUAUGAACAUGAUUAGUGGAGCAUUUCAUGAGUGUACCGUAGUCUAAAGAUUGCAAAAAUCAGAUGAUCCUCUACUUUACCCAUGUUGAUCUCAGUGAAAUUAGCACACAGCAUAUGAGGAAGGUCUGAAUCCUGGCAGUUCAGGAUUGUACAACAUAUGCAGCUUCUGGGCCAACCUUAUAGAUCGAAUUAAUCUAAUAUAUGGGAUUUUCCCCUGUUUUUUUUUCUUCGUCUUCUCUCUCUCUCAGUCAGUCUAUCAAAAUUGUUGAACUUUUGGUUCUGUUAUAUUUCGAGUCAUGCAUAGAUGGUGGUUGUGAUGAAUUGAAGUGAUAGCCAAGUAUAAAAUUUAUAAUGACUUGGUAAA